AUGCAUAGGCAGAUCUGUCAAAGCUUCAACGGCAGACGUACAAGAAAAGCCAAGACCAUUGAGCCAUCAAAACAAACCGAAAGAAACGCAAAUGCUGGUUUUGUGUCAUUGAAUGUGGUUCUUGGAAAUAUUCCAAUUCAAAAUCAGGGCUUAUUCGAUUUUCCGUAUUUUUUGAAAGAGUUUUAUAUUAAUGUUACCACCAGGGUAUACAAGGAUGACUGCAAUGUGUGA